AUGGCAUUUUUAUGUGUUCAGAAAUGUAUAGACUUGGGUUACGACGUAGCCCAUGCUGACAAAAAGUGCGUCUGCACAUGUUAUCGUAAUAGUGUAAAGGCAAAAUAUACGAGUAAAAAAACAAAUGUUACAAAGUGGCGACAUGGAGCACCUACGACAAAAUUACCUAUUUGGGCUCAAACAAAGAACUUAGAAUCAGUAGAGUCAAUAACCAAUGACAAUUACGAAUAUUUCGGUGAAAAUCAGUCCGACAACACAACAAAAUUAAAUGAUUUAUCAAUUUCCGAGAAUGGAACUGAAGUGGCAGGUGAUAACGUAGCUGGAAUAAAUGGAACGGGAACUGUAUCCAACAAUACGGCUGAAGGAGGUGGUGGCGAGUCACCUGUAGAAGGUGACACGCCAGCUGAAGCAGCAACAUUAGCAGAAAAUGAACAAACUGCCGACGGGCAAACAGCUAACAAUGAAAAUGCCGCUCCCGAUACCACUGUUGAUAAACCUAAAGAGGAAAAUUAA